AUGUCUGAUACUGAAAGUGAAUUAUUGGAAUGUUGUAAAUGCGGAGCAUAAGUCGAAUAAAUUCUAUCACUUUAAUGUGAUCACAAUUUGUGUUUGAAUUGUGCAGCAAAGGCUGUAUCAAAGUGGAACUAAUAUACUAUGUACCCUCCAUUGAUAUGUUAAAUAUGUUCAUCCAAAACUUAAUUGGAUCCGUCUGCUGUAUAAGUGUUAUUGGAGAUGAAUCCAUAAUCCUCUUGUUGUUCUGAUGACUACGAAUAAAGAAGUGAAAUAUUAGAAACUAAAUAAUCCCAACAAAUCUAGCAGACUGAUUAUCAUAAUUAAUCAUAAUAAUAAUAACUUACAAACAUCACUUGCUAGUAACAUCUUACUGAAAGUUGUGUUUUGUAUUGUUUUACUUGUGAAGCAUAAUGUUUCUGUAUGGAAUGUUAUUUAUAAGGAUUGCAUAAGAAUCAUGAGGUUAGAAAUAUAUCGAAAUCUUUCGAUCUUAUAAGAGAAAAUGGAAAUUAACUCUAGGUAUCCUUGUAAAGUUGUUGUGAAUAUUUGUUACAUGAACAAUGCAAAAUUGUGAACAAAAAAUAAGACUUAGUAGACUUAGUAGGAUAAGCAAAGAUGUAGAUCACUUCUAAUUUUGAAGAUAUUUACAAAACAUUAAAACUCAAAGAACAAGAGAUGUUAUAGGCUGCAGAUGAGUUAGUAGCUGAUAAACUAAUUGAAAUUGAAGGCUUAAUGGCUAAAAUUAAACUAUAAACAGAUCGCGUUAAUCAAUAUAAUGAAUAGCUAGUUUCAUUUUUUGGAUCUAGCAACCCUAAUGUUACAUUAUGUGUUGAGGCCUGCAAUUAUGUUGUAAAAGAGAAAAAGAAGAUCCAGUACUUAAUUGAACAAGUUAGGCAGGAGAAAAUAAGUCCCACUAUUUAGGGGAAAUUUUGUUUGGAUUCUGGCUCAAUAUAAUAAAUGAUCAACGAUAUGAGAGGAGUCAAACUGUAAUUGGUUUCUUUGAGGGGAAUUGAAUCUAUUAAUCCUACCUAAAGGGAACAAUACAUCUAUUAGAAGGCGGUUGAAGAUAAAACUAGAGAUUCGAUGAUUGGAAAUAAUUAGGUAUUAAGAGAAGAAAAGGAGAAUAACAACUCUAUAAGCUUUAUAGAACGAUCUAGUUAGAAAAAAUCAUUAAAAACAAAUGAUAACAGGGACUUUUAUUCUAAAUUUCAUGAAGCUAAAAGAUCGAUAAUGAACUAAAAGUCUUUCAUUUGA